UAUCUCCAUUGCAUAGCUUAAACUAAAAAAGCACACAACAAUUAGUUACCAAAAAGAAGGAUCAAGUUAAGUGAUUAUUGAAAUGUCUUCUAGGGAUGUUGAACCACUUGUUGUUGCACGAGUGAUAGGAGAAGUAGUAGACAGUUUCAGUCCAAGUGUGAAAAUGAAUGUCAUAUACAAUGGAAGCAAGCAAGUGUAUAAUGGACAUGAGCUCAUGCCGGCUGUCAUUGCUGCUAACCCUCGUGUGGAAAUUGGUGGUGAAGACAUGAGAUCUGCUUACACACUCAUCAUGACCGACCCAGAUGUUCCAGGGCCUAGUGACCCUUACUUGAGGGAACACCUCCACUGGAUUGUGACAGAUAUCCCUGGUUCUACUGAUGUCUCUUUCGGAAAAGAGAUAGUGAGCUACGAGAGUCCAAAGCCAGUAAUCGGGAUUCACCGAUAUGUGUUCCUAUUGUACAAGCAAAAUAGAGGAAGGCAAACAGUGAAACCUCCAUCAACAAGGGACCAUUUCAACACUCGAAGGUUUACUGCAGAGAAUGGAUUGGGUUCCCCUGUUGCCGCUGUCUACUUUAAUGCCCAGAGAGAAACUGCUGCCAGAAGAAGAUGAACCAUGCAACUCCAUCAACCAAAAAAAUAUAUGCAAAUUAAAUAAGUUGAUCUAAAUUAAAUAAGGUCCGCAUUAUGCAGAGUGACACCUAAUUACACUGUAGGACCAGUAGUGUAUGCAGAAUUUUUCUUAAGCAGUGUCAUAAUAUUGUACUAAUAACCAGAAAACUCGUUAAGAGUGUCAUCGUCAUGCAUCAUACAGACUGUGAGCUCUCCACUGUGGUGCGUUGGCCAUUUGUUUGUGGUAUCUACCUGGUCUUUCAUGUUACCUGUUUAAUUUUGACUCUCCUUUGGUCUUACUAUAUAAUGUAGAGGCCAGAGGGUCGUCUAGUUUGAUGUAUUGGAAUAUUAUCAGUAUUAAUAAGAUAUGUAUGAUUAUCAUUUAA